UCUUUGCACGUUUAAAGGAUCUCAACCCGCUCCUCUCUCUCUCUAUCAUCUCUGAAAUGGCGAGAGUAUUGCGUGUGGCGAGAUCCUCCUCCCUCUUCAGCUUCGGAAGCCGAUCUUACUCAGCCGAAGCUAGCCACGUGUCCUCCCCUUCUCCGUUUCUUGGAGCUCGCAGAGACGUUACCAAGGAGAGAAACGUGCAGUGGGUGUUCCUCGGUUGUCCCGGUGUCGGAAAGGGGACUUACGCCAGCAGACUCUCGAGUCUUCUCGGUGUUCCUCACAUCGCCACCGGAGAUCUCGUCCGUGAUGCGCUAGCUUCUUCCGGACCUCUCUCCCAACAGCUAUCAGAGAUUGUAAACCAGGGGAAGCUUGUUUCAGAUGAGAUCAUAGUGAACCUAUUAUCAAAGAGACUUGAGGCUGGUGAAGCCAAAGGUGAAUCAGGUUUCAUUCUUGAUGGCUUUCCUCGUACCAUGACACAAGCUGAAAUACUAGGAGACGUCACUGACAUCGACCUAGUGGUGAACUUAAAGCUACCUGAGGAGGUUUUGGUUGACAAAUGCUUAGGCAGGAGAACGUGUAAUCAGUGCGGUAAAGGUUUCAAUAUAGCUCACAUCAACUUAAAGGGUGAGAAUGGGAAACCAGCAAUCAGCAUGGAUCCACUUCUCCCUCCACCUCAGUGUAUGUCAAAGCUCGUCACUCGUGCUGAUGAUACCGAAGAGGUUGUGAAAGCUAGGCUCCGUAUUUACAAUGAAACCAGCCAGCCUCUUGAAGAGUACUACCGUAGCAAGGGAAAGCUUAUGGAGUUUGACUUACCUGGAGGCAUCCCAGAGUCUUGGCCAAGGCUGUUAGAAGCUUUGAGGCUUGAUGAUUACGAGGAGAAACAAUCUGCCGCGGCUUAGUUCAACUUCAACUCCGGUAUUUAUAAUUCUUUGCAUGUGGAAGACAUGUGCCUAUAUCAGUUUUGUGUUGGAAAUAAAGAAAACCUUAGAUUGUUUUAUUGCCUCAGAUCAGAAUAAUCAUCAUCAUACACACUUUGCAAACUAUAUGAUGUAUCAUGAUUGUUCAUGAGUUUGCUAGUUACAUGAAUGUAUAAACACUUUGGUACACAUCAGGUUUUGAUUAUUUAUUGUUGAAUGUGAUCAAUGAUUGUUUA